CUCCAGACCAUUCUGACACAGACCUUCUAGGGAACAUGCUCAGUUCCAUUUCCACAUUCGUUUCAUCGCGACCGAUUUUUGCUGCAGCGACCAACAGGACUAUCGAUGACCACUACGGCGACUCGGUCACUGGACGCCUCCCAAUGUACGAGAGUCAAGGCUGGAGCUAUGGGCCAGCUUGCAGUGGGUGCUUGGCACAACCAGCUGCCGACAAGACGUUCGCCGGAACGUGGCACGAUACGACCACAAACAGGCCUAACGAUGUUGCUCAUACCGUGACCCUCCUGUUCAACGGUGUGUAGGAUAUUACUCGCUAAUCAGGACCUCUCAGACAUGAAUGUUAGGCACCGCAAUCUGGG